AGGUGCAGGAGGCUGAGCAGAAGCGGGGAGGAGGGAUGUGUGCGAGGCAGUGAUAACCACGGCGAGAGAGUGGGGAGAAGGAGGGACGGGGGCUGCGGCGGGGAGGGGCGAGAGCAGCUGGGAGCCGAAGAUAAAGCGGGAGGAGAAGGGUGCCCAGCACUGGGCACGGGGAGGUGGCAGACGGACGGAUGGAUGUGGGGGUGGACAGGGAUGAGCAGAGAUUUGGGGAGGCAGCUGCAGGGCUGCGCGUGGGGAGGGUGCCUGCAACGGUAGGAUGAGUGCAUGGGUAGGGUGCGUGCACAGGUCGGGUGUGCGUGAGCAAGGGUUAGGGUCCGGGGGCACGGGGGUGCUGGUGUGCGUGCAGAGUGUGACUGAGUGUCUGAGCACAGGUGCAGUGUACAAGUGCAAGGGUGGGAGUGUACACGCAGGCCACAGGUGCAUGAGGGAGAGAUAAGCAUGUGUGCAAGGGUGUGCAAGGCAUGAAGAAGUGUGCAAGGGCUGCGUGUGCGCACUGUGCAUGGGCAGGGCAGGAAUGCUUGUGCAGGGGUGCGCGUGCACGUGCUGCGGCAGUGCACGGGGUGUGCAUGCACGUGCUGAGCGUGCAGAGCACGAGUGCACGUGCAUCUGGCGGCACCGAGGUGGCCGUGUGAUGCACGGAGGUGCCCACCCCCUGUCCCCAGUGUCACCAAGGCCCUCCAAGGCAGAACCCUGGUCCUGCCCGAAUUGCUCAGACAUCCAAAGCGUCCAAGAAAAAUCCAUCAGGAGCUGGCAGCCACAGAGAGAGCCCUGCCACAGAAUGAUCCCAUCUUCCAUGCUAUACAUAGUGCUGCCUUUACCUCCAUACACAGAUAUAUUUUUAUUUGUUCUGCUUCAAGGAGGGUGUGGGGGAGAAGGGGAACAUGCACGUAGGGCAUGUGCAGGACUGCGGGGAGAGGUGUGCAAGGUGUGAGCUCGGGCAUGAGUGUACGUGCAAAAUGUGAGAGCCUGUGCAAGGCGUGAGCCCACGCAUAAGGCAGGAGGAGUGUGCAAAGCAUGGGUGCUCGUGCAAGGUGUGCAAGCUGUCUGCAUGCAGGGCACAGGCAGGGCAGGUGCACGCAUGCACGCAAGCCGUCUUUGCAGGUUUCAAGUGCGCAUGCAAAGCACGAGUGUGUGCAAAGGGCCAGCAGCUGUUUGCAGGUGGGAGGGCGCUGGACCCCAAAUCCCUGUCCUCCCCCACCUGCUGCCCCUGUAGCAUCUUGCUCCCCAUCUCCCACAGCUUUUGCAGAACUGGGGUGCAGUGCGGGAGGCUGGGGCACCGCAUCCUUAGCAGGGACAGCGAUGCCACUGCAGGAGCCGGGGCUCAUGGGGUGCAGUGGGAAGCAGGGAAGGGGCACCCAGGGUGCCCAACGUGGGAAGGAGUGCUGCCAGCAAGGGGAGGAUUUCUGUAUUUUGAUGAUAAUUUCCCAUGUUCGUGGCUGUCAGGUUCCUGGUUAGCAGCUCCCCCUCCGCAGAGCUGCUCCAAGGAUUUGACACCGCAAUUGUUUUCUGAAGAGAACACGCGACUCCCUUCUUAUGUAUUCCCUUUCCCGGUGUUUGUAUUUGCUUCAAAGUCUCCUCAUCACCCUGUUUGGUGACAAAAACUCAUGUCUGGAGAUCAGGACCCGCAUCUCCUGCAAGGACGUCCCCGCCGAGACGCUCUAUGACGUGCUGCACGACACCGGCUACCGCAAGAAGUGGGACUCGCACGUCAUCGAGACCUACGACAUCGGGCGCCUGACCGCGAACGCCGACGUGGGAUACUACUCCUGGAAGUGCCCCAGCCCCCUGAAGAACCGGGAUUUUGUCACGCUGCGCUCCUGGCUGCCCCUGGGCGAUGACUACAUCAUCCUCAACUACAGCGUCAAGCACCCGAAAUACCCUCCCCGGAAGGAUUUUGUCAGGGCCGUGUCCCUGCAGACCGGUUACCUGAUCAAGGCCAACGGCACCGGCGCCUGCGUCCUCUAUUACCUCACCCAGGUGGACCCCCGAGGGUCGCUGCCGAAGUGGGUGGUGAACCGGGUCUCGCAGUUCGUGGCACCCAAGGCAAUGAAGAAGAUCUACAAGGCAGGGCUGAAGUACCCCGAGUGGAAGCGCAGGCACGACCCCGGGUACAAGCCCUGGGUGUACCCGGAGCAGAGCACGCUGCCCAGCCUCAGCCUGGCCGAGCUCUCACUGCAGCACGCCGACUCGCUGGAGCGCAUCGAUGAGACCGGGCUGACCGAGGACCACCUGAGCACCAGCGACCACGAGGCCUGACGGCCCCCCCCCCAGCGAGGGGGGGUGGCGGGGACAUGGCACCUGGUGCCCCCCAAAUCCUCCGUCAGUCCUCCUGCGGGAACCAGGGGUGCUGGGAAGGGGGGAGGACCGCCCUGGUGCCCAUGCACUUGGUGCCUGUGGAGAUGUCCCCAUGCAGGUGGCAGAGCGGGAUGCAGGACUGGGUGCAGGGAGAGGUAAAAAAAGGGGGAAGGAGACUUCCUGGCAUGGAAGGGGCUUUGCCUUGCUGCUCUGAGACCUUCUGGGUGUGCUCCUCACGGCCCCAGAAGUGGAGGGUCUGUGUGGGACCUGCCCAGGCUUUGCAGCAGCACAGCACUGGGACCGUCCCUCUCUCUGUCCCGAGGUCCUGCCCUGCCAGCUCCAGGUCCCCCCAGGCUCUGCGUGACCCCCACCUCCAGGAGCCCCCCAGGUCCCCUCCUGGGUGACGGGUUCACCGCCGCAGGCUGCCUCUGGUGUUUGCUGCUGCUGUGGUUUCUGGCACAAUAAAGGGGUUGGUGUGUGCACAGCCA